AUGGAGGAAGAAACGUUGAACAUUCGGAUGCCCGUCAUCUUCGACAAGUCCAUAGCGCACUGCGAGACGCAUGCGCACCAACCUUACGCCUCGUCAACGUUCAAUAACAGCGACGAGAUUCGAAUCUCCGUUCAACACCAAGACCUGUGCUUACUACCGAGCAGAAGUUCGUUACACGUAUACGGGAAGCUGGUUAAGAAAGAUGGGUCUACGGUGACUGCUAGUACGGCUUUGGUCAAUAACGCCAUCUGUCAUCUCUUCGAGGAAAUUCGCUAUGAAAUGAACGCCAUCGAGAUCGAUCGAAACAAGAACGUUGGUCUCACGAGUCUCAUGAAGGGUUACCUUUCCCUAACACCCGGUCAACGCGCAUUGAUGGAAAACGCCGGUUGGAUCACCGAGCAAUCGAAAUUGACCGAUGUAGCCGGUUACUUCGACGUAUCCAUACCGCUGAGCAUGAUACUGGGAUUCGCGGAGGAUUAUCGGAAGAUCGUUGUCAACGCUAAACAUGAAUUGAUUCUGACGAGGGCCAAGAGCGACGCCAAUGCGAUCGUGCAAACUGCUUCUGAGGAAUACAAAGUCGUAAUUCAGAACUUGGAGUGGUUGAUGCCGUACGUGAGAGUCUCGGAUCGACGAAAGAUAGAAUUGUUGAAGUUCAUCGAGAAAGAUGCACCCAUCUCCAUGAGCUUUCGUACCUGGGAGUUAUAUGAGUAUCCUCUUCUCCCCACCAUUUCGAAACACGUGUGGACCGUCAAGACGUCGACACAGUUGGAAAAAUCUCGAUACGUCGUCCUGGGUUUCCAGACGAACAGAAAGAAUAAGAACGACAAAAACGCGAGUCACGUCGAUCACUGUAACGUCAGGGACGUUAAACUCUUUUUGAAUUCACAAUGUUACCCUUAUGGAAGUUUGAACCUUGACAUUGCCCGCAAUCUGUUUGCUCUGCUGUACGAGAUGUACGCAAACUUUCAAGCGUCGUAUUACGGUAAAGACCUUGAGCCGCUGUUAAAGAGAAACCCUCCUCUGCCUCUGAUCGUCAUCAAUUGCUCGAAACAAAACGAGUCCCUCAAGUUCGGACUGGUCGACAUUCGCCACGAAUUUGAGGCUGAAAAGAAUUUCCCUGCCGAAACAUCGGCAUUUUGCUUAAUCCUGCACGAUCGUAUCGUUGAGUACAAUACGAUCAGUGGUGGGGUGAAGAAGUUGGUAUAA